UUGUUUUUUUGAUUUUUUUUGUAGACUUUGCUUGCGUGACAACUGUCAGAACAAAUUUAUCACUGUGACAAAGCAGGACAGCAGACAGGCUCUUGUAGCCCUUCCUUGGUCUUGCUGUUUCUGUGCCUAUGGAUAGGAUGUGCUUCAUGGCAGUCUGUGGACCUGUGCCUGUCACAGCACUUCUCAGGUCCCCUCCUGCAUGCUUUGCAGUAGUUAUGUCAUUCUUUAAAUUGUAUGGCUAAGCCUUGAUGUCACGCUAUUCUAAUCUGAACAGGUCCCUGUUUCAGUGGUAUCAAGGUAAAGACUGUGUGUGUCUCCUAGCUCAUGAUGAUUGAUGGAUGAGUGAAACUGGGAAGGUCAGAGAUGCUUGGCUUGGCUAGGAGGAUGUCUAGACCUUUCUGAACUGAGUGGAUGCUCCUCCACUCAUAACCCAUGAGAAUGUCCCAGUUUCACUUCUGAAGAAGCAUGCCACCAAGUUGUCUUCUGUCCUCCAUUUCAUUGGGCUUCCUGUACUAGGAAUGUCUCUCAGCAUCAAGACAUCAGUGUGAUGGGAUAGAGCUGCUUUUGAAGAAGCCUAGGAUAAGACUUGGGUUUGGUUUAUGAACUGGUGCAUUAUACUGAGUUCAGGUUCUUCAUAUCUGCUCUGUAUUGUGAUCUUCAGAGCUCGUUUUUUCCUCAGACAUCUUCAACUUUCAGUUGUUUCUGAAAUACCAUCAUGUUAAUUGACCACUGAACCAAUGGUAUUUGCUUUAAUCUGCGCCAACACUUCUUAGCCUGGUUCUUGAUGAUGAAAGAUGCAAAGAAAUAGUUGAGGCUGCCUUAAAAAAACUGUUGAAGGUAAAUAACUUAGCUUAUGUGUUUGUUAACCAAAGUGUUUCUCAGAAGCAAUGAGAUUAAGUGGAUCAGCUGGUGUGCUGUGCCUAGUGGAAAGAAGCUUAUUUAAAUUAAGAGGAGCAGAGAACCUGUGUCUCAGUACUAAAGGAAGAUGGACUCCACAGAAGACCUUGAGUAUCCUCAAAUCAUCUUUCAAUACAGCAAUGGAUUUUUAGUCUCAAAGGUUAUGUUCACUGCCUGUGAGUUAGGAGUCUUCGAUCUUCUGCUGGAGUCAGGACAACCUCUAUCUUUAGAUGUCAUUGCUGCACGCUUGGGUACAAGCAUCAUGGGGAUGGAAAGACUUCUGGAUGCCUGUGUGGGAUUGAAGCUUUUGGCAGUAGAGCUGAGACGAGAAGGAGCCUUCUACAGAAACACAGAAAUUUCCAAUAUCUACCUUACGAAGUCAAGUCCCAAGUCUCAGUAUCAUAUUAUGAUGUAUUACUCCAAUACCGUCUACUUGUGCUGGCACUACCUGACUGAUACUGUGAGAGAAGGAAGAAAUCAAUAUGAAAGAGCUUUUGGCAUUUCAUCUGAAGACCUCUUUGGAGCCAUGUACAGAUCAGAAGAAGAAAUGCUGAAGUUCUUGGCUGGCCAGAACUCAAUCUGGAGUAUAUGUGGCAGAGAUGUACUUACUGCAUUUGACCUUUCUCCUUUCACACAGAUUUAUGAUCUCGGAGGUGGUGGAGGAGCUCUGGCCCAAGAAUGUGUUUUCUUGUAUCCAAAUUGCACAGUCACUGUUUAUGACCUGCCCAAAGUUGUACAAGUGGCCAAAGAGCGAUUGGUUCCCUCAGAGGAGCGACGGAUUGCCUUCCAUGAAGGAGAUUUUUUUAAAGAUUCAAUCCCUGAAGCUGACCUCUACAUUUUAUCAAAGAUACUGCAUGAUUGGGAUGAUGAAAAAUGUGGGCAGCUGCUGGCAGAAGUUUAUAAGGCCUGCAGACCUGGUGGUGGAGUGCUACUGGUUGAAUCACUCCUGAGAGGAGACAGAAGCGGACCUGUGGAAACCCAGCUGUAUUCAUUGAACAUGUUGGUGCAGACAGAAGGAAAGGAACGAACAGCAGCUGAGUACAGCGAGCUCCUUGGGGCAGCUGGCUUCAGGGACGUCCGAGUCAGGAGAACUGGAAAGAUCUAUGAUGCUGUUCUGGGGAGGAAAUGAUAGUGUCUUUUAUUCUGUGUGACUAAGUACACGUGGACAAAUGUGAUAUUCUUUUCGUAGAAGACUAUUAUAGAUGUAGUUUUUAUUGAAGGAAGUCAACUUCUCUGUUAGCUGAUUAUCAGGAGAAUCAUUAAUAAUACACUUUCGGUGUGUAUAGGUUGUGAAUUCAGCAGCCUGACUAGGGCUUGCCUUUGAAUCUGAAUAGCACAGAGAGAAUUUGACAUCUGUUCCACAGUAAAUUACCCAUGAAAGAAAUGUGCAGUGUUGCUGCUAACCACUUUACAUAUUUUUCUUCUUUUUUAUUUUUAUUUUAAGUUUAACAGAGUACCUGACAAAAGCGAAGCUGAAUUUUCAUUUGUGGAUUCCGGCAUAAUAAAACUGACCACUGUACUGAG